CUUGACCUCUUUGGCUGUCAAGGCCUUUGCAGUUUGCAAUAUAGCCUAUAGGUGUCUAGUUAUAGCAAGACGUACUGUACCUUACUGCUAGCUGUGUUGGUCUCUAGACUCUGCGAUUUUCGUACUAUGUAUGGCUUGUUGUUUAUUUUGCUGUUCCAAAUUACAUACCUCGACGCACGGACUGACCCUGAAGUCAAUUUUAAUGUGCCUCAAAUGAUUGAAUAUUGGGGCUACCCUGCAGAAGAACACAAGGUGCAAACUCUUGAUGGCUACAUAUUAAAGAUUCAUCGCAUUCCACAUGGAAAGAAUGAAAAAUAUUCAAGUAGCAACAAACCAGUUGUCUUCCUACAGCAUGGCCUGUUGUGUUCAUCCAGUAACUGGGUAUCAAAUCUCCCCAGUGAAUCACUAGGUUACCUCUUGGCUGAUGCAGGUUUUGAUGUGUGGUUGGGUAAUGUACGUGGAAAUACUUAUGGUUUAGAACAUGUUACUCUAAAACCUGAUCAAACAGAAUUCUGGGACUUCAGCUGGGAUAAAAUGGCACUUUAUGACUUACCAGCAAUGAUUGACUAUGUGUUAAAUACUACAAAAAUGGCAUCACUUGGUUACAUUGGACACUCUCAAGGGACCAUGAUGGCAUUUGCUGGUUUGUCUUUGUAUAAAGAACUGGCAGGCAAAGUCAAUGUUCUAAUUGCACUUGGUCCUGUUGCCACAGUUGGAAAUAUAACAAGUCCUAUAAGAUACCUUGCACCUUUUUCUAAAGAUGUAGAGUUUCUUUGCAAGUUUAUUGGAGCAUGUGGGUUUGACUUCUUGCCAUCUGAUGCUUUCAUGAAAUUUCUCGCCACGUUUCUUUGUGGUCAUAAAGAAUUCGAAGAUAUUAUCUGCGAAAAUGUGAUGUUUUUGUUAUGUGGUUAUGAUGCUGCUCAGUUAAAUAAGACUCGUCUUCCGGUCUAUAUUUCCCACACUCCUGCGGGAACGUCAGUAAAGAACAUUAUUCAUUAUGGUCAGAUGGUCGAAUCUGGGAAAUUUCAAAGGUUCAACUAUUACAAUAAAAAGGACAAUUUGGAUCAUUAUAACAUGACUGAACCACCUGUAUUUAACGUGUCCCAUGUUUCUGUACCGACUGUACUAUAUUACGGCGAGCAUGACUGGUUGGCUGACCCACGCGAUGUAGCUUCACUGGCCAAAGCUCUACCAAACGUUAUUUACAGUCAAGAGAUACCGAAGUGGGAGCAUCUUGAUUUCAUAUGGGGUCUUGAUGCAAGUAGAUUGGUCUACAAACCUCUUUUGAAAUAUUUGAAUGAGUAUGCUAUGUUGGAGAUUAUGGCAUAAAAUGUUCCGAAUCAAUGAAAAUACUGUAGCUAUCUAUAUAUCAAUGAGUAUGAAACGUCGGCCAUUAUAUUUUUAUAAUUUUAGAUCGCAUGUUACGAUUUAUGGCUGCACGAUUUUUAUUGUCUUUAGAUAAACAAAUUCUUCAUAGUCAAUUUGACCGGGGCCAAAGGCCCAUAUGCAGACCGAACACGAUUAGCUUGGCUUGCCCAAGACGUCAGUAUCUUCAUUGCUUGGAACAUCUAUUGCGAACAAAUCAAAAUUGGGGGUUCAUUUUGACGUAUUAAAUUGGUGUUAAUUCAAAAUGAGUAUCUACGAGUAAUUUCGAAAAAAUCUAUUUUAAAGAAACAAGGGGAAAUUUCGUUUUGAACUGAUCGGCAGGCUAAGCCAAUUAGAAUGCCUAAAUAUUUAAUACUUUAUGUAAGAUGGUUAAUGGUAAAUAAUGUAUCUUUUUAUCGGAAAUGGUUACUGAAAUGUAGACAUAAUGUCUGAUUGGUCUAAAACGAAAUUCCUCCUUGUUUUUUAAAGAAUAUUAUAUUCGAUGGAGAAUGCAAUUAGUAAUGAGAAUAAUUCGUGACUGAAAGUGCCUGAUAAUCAUGCUUUAUGAAUGCAACCUAAAGUUAUCUUUAAAGGAAACAAACUUAAAAGUUGUGCUGCAUAAGAUUAUGUUGACUACCCUUCGCAAUCUAUAGUUCUUAUUCACAAUUACAAGUCGUCGCGCUUUCUAUCUGUGCCCGGCGCAUGAAAAAUGGUAGCUGCAUCACCUGCAUGCAUCAGUCGGCGUGCUCUUAAUUCGUUCGGUACAUGAGAAACGCGAUGAUGUAAUUAUUAAAUUUUAGAGAAUGAAAGAAAUUAGUAUAUUAAUAUAUUUAAUUAGAGAAGGAAGGA